AUGAAGGAAUUUCGGAUUCAACUCUUAACCGUUGAUAAGCAAAAAGAAGAAUUAGUUAGAUUUGUCUAUCUGCCAAGUACCGGGGCCAAUUUGGUUAGCGAUGUGCUUGAUCAAAUAAACAGAGUAUACCUUCCUUAUUUAGGUAUCUCCUCCCAUGUAGCCUAUCUAGCUGAUAGUCGUGGUUAUAUCUUUGUGGCUACUAUGCCAAUAGAAAGACUGCGCAGUAAAAAGAUGGUUCUGCGUGGAUAUUUAUGUUCGGGGCAAUGUCCAAGAUGUUCUGGCUCCGGAGAAAAGGCCUCUAAACCACUCAGCCCAGUUUCUCAAAACAAAAGAGAGAUACCGAUAGGCAAAAAGCAACCCAAGCCAUCAACACGUGACGAAGUGAGCGAGGAAGUAAGUGAAGAAGUGAGUGAAGAAGUGAGUGAGGAGGUAACUUUAGUGGCACGCCCGGUCCUACGUGUUUCUGCCCCUGUCUCGGGACGAGCUAAAUUAUCUAUCAAAGAUGCCCGCCCCUCUAAUUCUAAUCUCAAUUCAAUUUCUAAUUCUAACUCUAACUCUAAAUUAACACUUGAUCACACCACCAACCCAAUGUCCAUUACUAACACAACUACCAAUUCUAUAUCUCAUCCAACUAUCAACUCUAUAUCGCAGCCCAACCCAGCACCUAACUCUACUCCUAAAACUGAUUCAACUAAUGUCGAGGAAGAGCCUUCCGCCACUACCAACCCACCUAUUGCCAAUUCAAGUGCUAGUACCGGCUUGGGUUCUAAUACGGAAGAGAACGACGGCCCUAAUGGGCGCAAGUAUCUUCUGAAAAAGGCCUUUAAAACCCUAUCUUGUAAGACGAUCGGCGCGCCGGCCAACCGAUACAUCCAUUAG